GGUAUGAAUAAAAUGGAAGACGAGUCCGAUUCAGAUAGUUCAACCGAUGAAAUCGAAAAUCAGCGACUAAAAGAGGCAGCUAUAGGUGUUGAAUUAAUCGUAAGAGAGACCAAAAGAAAAGAAACAAGGAGCCAGGAAAAUGUAUUGCUACCAUCCCAAAGAGCUUCUUCUCCCGUGCCUGAAAAUAAUCCACUGAAUACAACACCAGAAUUUAGAAAUUUUGUAGCCAAAAAGUUGUCUGAACUCUUAGAUAGAAGUCUCAAAGACAAAGGUGAAGAAAUAAAGAAAAUUGAAAACAAUGAGGAAGAUACAGGUAUCAAGCUAUUCUCUACAUCCAGCACCUUGAUAAGAGAGGUUGAUGAGGAGGUACCUACGUCCUCUGCCAAACAAAGGCUACCCCCUGUCAAGAAGAUGAAACUUGACAGCAGCAGUGACAGUUCAGAUGAAGAGAGCAAAUUAGCAGAUGCAGCCGUAUCUGUUGAGCAAAUUAUGAAAGAAAGUAAAUCUCCUUACAUUAGGACUCAUAAUAAAAAAGAAAAGACAAUACUUAUAGUGAAAGAAGAGACAGCAGCAAAGAAAAAGAAGAAAAAACACAAGAAGAAAAAAGAUGAAAUAAAAGUUUCAUGAAAUAUCA